AUGUCCCGUGUUAAGAGAAUCACCAAGGAAUUGACGGAAGUUGCACAGGAUACCAGCUCAGGAAUCACCCUCCAGUUGAACAGCGUAGACGACUUGACCCGCCUCACGGGGUACUUCAACGGCCCGCCAGACACGCCAUACCAGGGCGGUGUCUUCAAGAUCGACAUUACGAUUCCACAGGAGUACCCAUUCAAGCCACCGCAGAUGAAGUUUCUCACGAAAAUCUACCACCCAAACAUCUCGUCCGUCACGGGUGCCAUCUGCCUCGACAUCUUGACAAAGAAGUGGACGCCAAUCUUGACGUUGAAGUCAGUGCUCAUCUCAUUGCAGUUGUUGUUGCAGUCGCCGGAGCCGAGCGACCCUCAGGAUGCUGAGGUUGCGAAGCACUACUUGUCGGAUAUUGCGGGGUUUAACCUGACCGCGACCUACUGGACGCAGAGCUACGCGCAGCACGUGGACACCAGCGCGGUCGACCGUGCCGCGCUUUACGGCAUAGACAGCCAGCUUGUGGCGAAGUUUGAGGGCAUGGGCUUCAAGAAGGAUGAUGUGGUGGAUGUAUUGAGAAGACACGCGGUCAAGAAGGCCGAAAUGUUGGACCAGGCGACCGAGAAUAAGGUUAUCGAGAGCUUGUUGAAUGAGCAGGGCUAG